AACGGCCGGACAAAAGAAACAAACCAACAAGCAAGAAGCGGCGAGAGAGAGAAGGAGGGGGGGAGAGAGAGGCCACCAAGGGCAAGGCAGCAAGCCAACGGAGGAAGGGGAAGGGCGAGGAAGACCGCGUCGUGUUCCUCGUCCCGUCUCCUCUCCUCUCCAUCCCCUUCGCAUUGCUCUUAGGAUUCCGAUUCAACCAAAGAAGAGGAACCAAACGCAAGGGAGCGAUGGGGUGUUUUUCAUGCUGCGGAGCCGAUGCUGUUGGCAAGAGGAAGAAGCACGACGAUCCUCUUGUUCCUGCCCCUGCUCCAGGGGUUAACUAUGGAUAUAGCCGGGGGCCAGCCCCUACCCCUGCCAUCCGCACCGGCAAAACUCGGCCAAUUGAAGUACCAGCCAUUCCCCUAGACGAAAUGAAGGAAAUAACCAAGAACUUCAGCAAUGAUGCUCUUAUAGGAGAGGGCUCGUAUGCUAGAGUUUUCUUUGGUGUACAGAAAGAUGGUCAGAAAUCUGCGGUGAAGAAGCUCGACUCCAGCAAACAGCCUGACCAAGAAUUCCUUUCGCAGGUUUCCGCCGUUUCAAGACUCAAGCAUGACAAUGUUGUCCAACUUAUGGGAUACUGUGCUGUAGGGAGCACACGCCUUCUUGCCUAUGAGUAUGCGACAAGGGGAUCUUUGCAUGAUAUUCUUCACGGUAAAAAGGGUGUCAAGGGCGCCCAGCCGGGACCAGUUCUAUCAUGGAUGCAGCGGGCGAGGAUCGCCGUAAAUGCCGCAAGAGGGCUCGAAUUCCUCCAUGAGAAGGCAGAGCCUCGUGUCGUCCACCGUGACAUCAAGUCCAGCAACAUACUACUCUUUGACAACGAUGUUGCAAAGAUAGGAGACUUUGAUGUCUCCAAUCAGGCACCUGACAUGGCUGCGCGCCUUCACUCUACGCGUGUUCUUGGCACCUUUGGUUAUCAUGCUCCCGAGUACGCGAUGACUGGGCAGCUUAGCGCGAAGAGUGAUGUCUACAGCUUUGGAGUCGUGUUGCUGGAGCUUUUAACUGGUCGCAAACCAGUUGAUCAUACACUGCCACGUGGACAGCAGAGCCUUGUGACAUGGGCUACACCAAGGCUAAGUGAAGACAAGGUGAGGCAAUGUGUGGAUCCAAGGCUUGGAUCGGAUUAUCCUCCUAAGGCUGUCGCCAAGAUGGCUGCCGUGGCCGCCCUGUGCGUACAGUACGAGGCGGAGUUCCGGCCCAACAUGAGCAUCGUCGUCAAGGCUCUGGCCCCGCUGCUGCACACCCGGUCAAGACCCGCCGCCUCGGCCUCCGCUUCCACCGCCAUCUGAGGGAUCCUGCCAGUCUUCUCCUAUCUCGUUGUUGCCCUGGUCAUCUUGCCAUUUGGAUCGUGUGGGUUGGUGUUGUACAUUUUGGGGGUUGGUGCGUGCGAUCUUAAUUCUUCUUCUUCUUCCAUGGGGCAUUGCUGUGCUCUCCUGUUGGAUCCA